UUUUUGUCGGUGGUUUUUCUCCCAAACAUUGAGAGUCAUGGCUGCCACCAUAGAGAGCUUACUGGAGGAAAUCUCCGACGUUGAAGAUCCAAUUGAGGAGCUGCAGAGUUUGAAAACAGCCUUGAUAGCGAUACCUGUCAGCGCUUUGAGGGACUCAGUGAGCGGACAGCGUUUCAAUGUGAUAUUCUCCCUGUUAAACUCAGACAACAGGGAGCAGGUGGAGCUGUGUGUGGACAUUCUUGAACGCAUCUUGUUGGCCCUCAGCCCUUUGACUCUGUCUCAGAACUACAGGGUGGAGCUGCGGGGGGGUCUGACCCAUCCCAAUGAAACUGUCAAGAUACUGGCCCUGUCACAGAUUGGUAGAAUAGUGGAGCACCCUGACGCUGCCACCGAAGUCCUCAACAACCAUGACAUUCUUGGAGCUGUGAUCAACUGCAUUGGGGAGGAGAAGAUGGCUGUGGCAAAACAGGCCAUCCAGUCGUUGUCCAAACUGAGCCACUCCAAGCCCGGGUUAGACAAACUGUUCCAGAGCGACCUGCUGAAAGUUAUGAAGGACGUGAUGACCAAAAGUGACAUCAUCAGAUACAGAAUAUAUGAGCUGGUGGUGGAAAUCUCGUCUGUUUCUCCCAUUUCCCUCGGUUACUGCGCCAACAGCAGCUUCAUCUCUCAGCUGCUUGGAGAGCUGACGGGAGAUGAUGUAUUGGUCAGAGCCACAGCCAUUGAGAUGGUGACCACUCUGGCCAACAGUCAGCAUGGCCGGCAAUAUUUGGCCCAACAGGGUAUAAUGGACAAGAUCUCCAAUAUGAUCAGAGGAGCAGAUACAGACCCCUUGUCCUCCCUCUACCUUCCUGGUUUGGUGAAGUUCUUUGGAAACUUGGCCAUCAUGGACAGCCCUCAGCAGGUUUGUGAAACGUACCCGGCCUUCCAGAACAAAGUCUUUGAGAUGGCUCUGGAUCCGGACCCUGCGAUGAUCGGUGUUGCUCUGGACACUCUGGGUUUACUCGGAUCUACUGUGGAGGGGAAGCAGGUCCUUCAGAAAACAGGACAAAAGUUUAAAUCUGUGUUGUUAAGAAUGAGCCAGCUUGCCAGCUCUGGAGCCACGGAGCUCAGAGUGCGCAGCUUGGACGCCAUAUCACAACUCCUCACCCUUCAGCCAGAGCAGCAGAAUGAAGACCUUUUGGCCCUGACGGAGUCCUGGUUCAAGCUUCUGUCCAACCAGCCCAUUGACAUGAUACGCAACAUCAGCACUCAGCCGUUUCCAGAGCUGCAUUGUGGGGCUUUACGGAUAUUCACUGCCAUUGCCUCUCAGCCGUGGGGUCAGAGGUCAAUGAUCAGCUCUCCCAGCUUCAUGGAAUUUGUGUUGGAUCGUUCAGCGGGUAAGACGAAGGAGGCCAAAGACGCAAAGUUUGAACUGGUGGGGGCGCUCGUGUGUUCGUCGACAGCAGCGGAGAUUCUGGGCAGCCAGCACUACAUCCGACUGAAAACGUAUCUGAGAGAAGGGCCGUACUAUAUUUCAGCUGUGGCCUCAGUCAGCACAGAGGGAGCAGAAUGAGGAGAAUACACACACACUGACACACACACACUUUGGUUUCUGGUUAAUGCUUAAAUAACAGGUAAGUGCCUGAAUCAUCUGGGUUAACAUAUACAUACGUAAUGUGACGUGAACAGAGUUUUUGUCCUUACAAAAAUCUGAAGGUGAUUUUUACAAGGAUGCAUCUUCUAAUGUUGACAACAGCACACACUUGACUUUACUAAAAAACACAAGCUCAUAAAAGGAUGGGUUAAGGACUUGAGUAUUUACACACAAAUACGUUUUUCAUCUUUUAUACUUGCUUUUCCUGAGACCUCUUUGGUUUAUUUAAAACUUAAUUCAGGGUUUUUUUUCCCACACUCUAUAUAUUUAUCAGACUUUUGUGACAGGACAUUAAACUUGUGAGAAUUAUCUUUACUCAGUUUUCAUGAGUAAACCGAGCAUUGCAGGCCACCAUAUCCUCCAUAUCCUCUAAGUAAUGGGGAGUUUUGACAAUGAAAAGAUUACAAUUCUACAUUUUAAGAAUUCAACAGCAUAAGAAAUGUGUUCAGUUAACGUAGCUGACUUUGUUUUUUUGAACAUGUUCUUUAAGGCAGACUUUGUUUGACAGUUUUUAGUCAGCAGAGAAAAGAUGGGAGUGUUUCAAAGAAAGUGUUAAACGGAAAAAAAAAGUCACUAAACAAUUUAGAGAUAGCAGUAACAGUAGUGGUAUGUUAAGGGCACUCCAAUUCCGUCUAUCAUAAGCCCUACGAUGCAGUCCUCGAUGAAAGUUUAGUUAGGAGAGAUACAAAAAAAAAAAUGCAUGUAUCAUAACCCAGGGUUUCUGAGUUUGAAACACGUGGAGAAUUACAGAGCAGUGUUAAUAAAAGACAUACUGUAUUUACCUUAAGAGGCAUUGUGGGAAUUGUAGGAGAUUGGAGCCUUACCAGAAUUAGAGACAAAAUGUUUGAAUAUUUUGAAAUCUGUGGCGUCAAUGUUAAUGAAUGAGUCAAGUAUCCUUUAUAUAAAGCUAACAUUAAAUCACUGGAGUUUCCCUUGAGAACUGGGAUCCAAAUAAAAGUUCUUGCAGCACUUAUGUAACAAGAUAGCAUUCAUGGUUGAUGUGUGCUUAUAAUAUACACAUACAUGUUUAAAAACUGCCACAUAACUAUUGACGUUAAAAAGUUCCCAUCAUCACACCAAAGGCUUUUACUUUAUAUUAAGCAUCAAUUAAUAAAAGGUAAAAAUGUACUCUGAAAUGUUUACCCUCACACACUUGGUCAGACGUACUCGCAUCCUAAUAUCGCUUUUUUAUUUUUAUGAAACUGUACUUAUCUAAAAAUGUCACUUCAUAAAUCAAAUCCCUGCUCUCAAGAUUCAAACAUUGAUUCCAUUGGUUUGUGUCAAAAGUAUUUUUGUUUGCUAAAGAAAUGGAAAUGGUGAUUUUUCUUUUUGUAAUUAAAGAGGUUGUAGUAUGAAAAAUAAUGUGUUUGUUAAUUUUUUAUUUUUUCCACAAAUGCUGUGGAAAAAAAAAACCC